GAUCCCGCCACCUCCCCGGACCCUGGCGGUUGGCGCUGAGUCGGCGACCGCGGGAGACGCUGCUGAGGCUGCUUCGGUUGCGGGUCGGAACGGCGCUGCUCUGCGGGGCCGGUCCAGGCUGGCAGCUGCCGGCGCUUGGCGGUGAGGGCGGGCUCCCGAGUGGCCCCCCACCGAAGGCGGUGGGACCAGCGGCUGAGGCCAGGAUGCCGUCCAGGCGGCGCGGCGGCUCCUCACUCAUCCCAGAUGUUGGUUAUCUUUCUGAAGUAGACUGUCCAUGGCCUGAACAUUUUCUGAAAAUCAUUUUGAGCAAAAUAUCUGUUUAAUAUCAAGAUAACCACAUCAAGAUGGUUGGAAAGCUGAAGCAGAACUUACUAUUGGCAUGUCUGGUGAUUAGUUCUGUGACUGUGUUUUACCUGGGCCAGCAUGCCAUGGAAUGCCAUCACCGGAUAGAGGAACGUAGCCAGCCAGUCAAAUUGGAGAGCACAAGGACCACUGUGAGAACUGGCCUGGACCUCAAAGCCAACAAAACCUUUGCCUAUCACAAAGAUAUGCCUUUAAUAUUUAUUGGAGGUGUGCCUCGGAGUGGAACCACACUCAUGAGGGCCAUGCUGGACGCACAUCCUGACAUUCGCUGUGGAGAGGAAACCAGGGUCAUUCCCCGAAUCCUGGCCCUGAAGCAGAUGUGGUCACGGUCAAGUAAAGAGAAGAUCCGCCUGGAUGAGGCUGGUGUUACUGAUGAAGUGCUGGAUUCUGCCAUGCAAGCCUUCUUACUAGAAAUUAUCGUUAAGCAUGGGGAGCCAGCCCCUUAUUUAUGUAAUAAAGAUCCUUUUGCCCUGAAAUCUUUAACUUACCUUUCUAGGUUAUUUCCCAAUGCCAAAUUUCUCCUGAUGGUCCGAGAUGGCCGGGCAUCAGUACAUUCAAUGAUUUCUCGAAAAGUUACUAUAGCUGGAUUUGAUCUGAACAGCUAUAGGGACUGUUUGACAAAGUGGAAUCGUGCUAUAGAGACCAUGUAUAACCAGUGUAUGGAGGUUGGUUAUAAAAAGUGCAUGUUGGUUCACUAUGAACAACUUGUCUUACAUCCUGAACGGUGGAUGAGAACACUCUUAAAGUUCCUCCAGAUUCCAUGGAACCACUCAGUAUUGCACCAUGAAGAGAUGAUUGGGAAAGCUGGGGGAGUGUCUCUGUCAAAAGUGGAGAGAUCUACAGACCAAGUAAUCAAGCCAGUCAAUGUAGGAGCUCUAUCAAAAUGGGUUGGGAAGAUACCGCCAGAUGUUUUACAAGACAUGGCAGUGAUUGCUCCUAUGCUUGCCAAGCUUGGAUAUGACCCAUAUGCCAACCCACCUAACUACGGAAAACCUGAUCCCAAAAUUAUUGAAAACACUCGAAGGUGCUUCAGGAGAUGCAAAGAUCUGGCUUGUAUCCAGGAGGAAAAUACAGGUAAUUGGAUUGGAGAGAGAAGACAUGCCAUAGAAGAAAAUGAAAUAAUAAUAAGAUGGGAGAAGAAUUUUUACUGUGUUUUAAAGGGUUAAAAACUGUUGGAAACCUAAAAAUUUGUCCACAGGACGAGGCUGAAAGUCUGAGACUACCCCACAGGAAUAGCCUUGUCAAGGCCCGAUUGUGCCCUUUGACUCAUCCUUCAAAGUCAAACCUUUCUCAUCUUCUCUCCCACCUUUGGCACUGUCAUUCCAUAAGUGUAUCCCAAUAAUUUGUGUUUUCUGCCAGAAAUCCUUUUGGGGCUAAUGAGUUUCAUGCACUUGUAUUUGCUGUGUAAAGUAGGUUUUCCUGUACUUUUACUUACCAGAUUAAAUGUCAAAGGAUCCAGCUCUUUGUUGGUUUUGUGUACAAGCACAAAUUGCACUUGCUCAUGCCAUUCAGAAUUUCAUACAUUUUAGUUGUCUUUUACAACUGUAAUCCCAUCUGAAGGUCUAUGGGAAAUUCAGUUCCUUAAACAAAAGAAAUAGGUUCCCCUCAUCCUUCUCUUUCUGCCUUCAUUAGUGAGAGUACUUUUUGAGAGCAAGAGAACAUUUGCAGUGAAGAGGUUUAGUUGGAUAGCUAUUUAUACAGUUUUCCAUGGAAUUUUAAAGAAUGAAAUAAUUUCUCUUUAUGUCAGCAAAUGCCUAUUCUGAACAUUCAGAAUGACUGUUCUGAACAGUAAUGUUUAACUCUUAAAAAACAUGGUAUCUAUAAAUGAGAAUAUAAUAAAUCAGUAUUAGAAGUCAUUUUUUACCCCAUGCUCUAAUUCAGGAGAAAAUAGGAGAUACUUAUAGGUUAACUUGGUGUCUGAUUACCAGUGCCUGAUAUAAUUUCUCCAAUUACCUUUUUAAAAAUCUAUUAAAAUAUCGUUAAUUUUAAAAAUCCCUUUAAAAUGAAGAUAUGAAAAGCUCUAUGCUAAAGAAUAGGGAAAUUUUCCACUAAGUCGAUCAUUGAUUAUAUUGUGGCUUUUCCUUAAACCCAAAGAUUACCCAAAGAUUACUGUAGAAGUGACACUAUGAAAAAUCAAAUUAAUGAUAGGGAGAGUAUACAUUAGAUGCUCUUCCAGAAUGUACAGCAAAAGAACAGAGAUGAAGAUUGAUAGAUGAGAGAAAAUGAUACCUAUGAAAGAAAAAAUAGAGAUUUAACUGGUGACUAAUAGAUGUCUGCAAAGGAGACAACAGAAGUGGAACAAAAGCAUGAAUCAAAUGUGUCAUUGUGGAAGACUUUCCAGGGUUGAAAAUGACCUGAAGAAUAAAAGAGCUCACUGUAUUCUAAAGAACAUUAUGGAAACGUGUCUGUACCUAGACAUAUUUUGCUGGUUUUCUUUUGAUUUUAAGGAUCCUGAAAAAAAAAAUCCUGCAUAUAUCAAGGCACAAAAAAAUGAGCUUUCAACAAAGAAACAAAAAUGAUGCUGGUGGCCAGGCGCGGUGGCUCAUGCCUGUAAUCCCAGCACUUUGGGUGGCCAAGGUGGGCAGAUCACAAGGUUAGGAGUUUGAGACCAGCCUGGCCAACAUGGUGAAACCCUGAAUCUACUGAAAAUACAAAAAAUUAGCUGGGUGUGGUGGCAUGUGCCUAUAAUGCCAGCUACUCGGGAGGCUGAGGCAGGAGAAUCAUUUGAACUCGGGAGGCAGAGGUUGCAGUGAGCCAAGAUCAUGCCAUAACUCUCCAGCUUGGGUGACAGGGCGAGACUUGAUCUCAAAAAAAAUAAAAUAAUAAAAUAAAAUAAA